CGCCCGCCGCCGCCUCCUCCCCCCCGGAUCGGGUGUACUGUCCCAACCCGAAAGUCCAGUUCUGCGGCCCGGCAGCGGCGAGUGAGCGCGAUGACACAGGAGUACGACAACAAACGGCCAGUGUUGGUUCUUCAGAAUGAAGCCCUGUAUCCACAGCGGCGCUCCUACACUAGCGAGGAUGAGGCUUGGAAAUCGUUCCUGGAAAACCCUCUCACUGCAGCCACCAAGGCGAUGAUGAGCAUCAAUGGGGACGAAGACAGCGCGGCUGCCCUGGGCUUGCUCUACGACUACUACAAGGUUCCAAGAGAGAGAAGGUCGUCAGCAGCAAAGCCAGAGGGUGAGCACCUGGAGCCAGAGCACAGCAAAAGAAACAGCAUACCAAGUGUGACCGAGCAGCCCCUCAUUUCUGCUGGAGAAAACAGAGUGCAAGUACUGAAAAAUGUGCCCUUCAACAUUGUCCUUCCCCAUGCCAACCAACUGGGUGUUGAUAAGAGAGGCCAUUUAACAGCUCCUGAUACAACAGUCACUGUCUCCAUAGCAACUAUGCCUACUCACUCCAUCAAGACCGAAAUCCAGCCACAUGGCUUUGCAGUGGGAAUACCCCCAGCGGUGUACCAUCCCGAGCCCACUGAGCGCGUGGUGGUUUUCGACCGGAACCUCAAUACUGACCAGUUCAGCUCUGGUGCUCAGCCCCCCAACGCUCAGCGGCGGACUCCAGACUCCACCUUCUCUGAGACCUUCAAGGAGGGUGUUCAGGAGGUUUUCUUCCCCUCGGACCUCAGUCUGCGGAUGCCUGGCAUGAAUUCAGAGGACUAUGUGUUUGACAGUGUUUCUGGGAACAACUUUGAAUAUACCCUAGAAGCUUCCAAGUCACUUCGGCAGAAGCCAGGGGACAGCACUAUGACUUAUUUGAACAAAGGCCAGUUCUAUCCUAUCACCUUAAAGGAAGUGAGCAGCAAUGAAGGCAUCCACCACCCCAUCAGCAAAGUUCGAAGUGUGAUCAUGGUGGUUUUUGCUGAAGACAAAAGCCGAGAGGAUCAGCUAAGGCAUUGGAAGUACUGGCACUCGCGGCAGCACACGGCCAAACAAAGGUGCAUUGACAUCGCUGACUACAAAGAAAGCUUCAAUACCAUCAGUAACAUUGAAGAGAUUGCUUAUAAUGCCAUUUCCUUCACCUGGGACAUUAAUGACGAGGCAAAGGUGUUUAUCUCUGUGAACUGCUUAAGCACAGACUUCUCCUCGCAGAAGGGCGUGAAGGGGCUGCCUCUUAACAUCCAGAUCGACACUUACAGCUACAACCACCGCAGCAACAAGCCAGUGCACCGGGCCUACUGCCAGAUCAAAGUCUUCUGUGACAAGGGAGCAGAGCGGAAAAUCAGGGAUGAAGAACGAAAGCAAAGCAAGAGAAAAGUUUCUGACGUUAAAGUGCCACUGCUUCCCUCACACAAGCGAACAGACAUCACGGUGUUCAAGCCCUUCCUCGAUCUCGACACUCAGCCUGUGCUCUUUAUUCCUGACGUGCACUUUGCCAACCUGCAGCGGGGCAGCCAUGUUCUUUCCAUUGCCUCAGAAGAGUUGGAGGGUGAAGGGUCUGCCUUGAAAAGGGGGCCAUUUGGAACAGAAGAUGACUUUGUUGUUCCACCUCCUGCGAAGCUUGCCCGGAUAGAAGAACCAAAGAGAGUGCUGCUCUAUGUUCGCAAGGAAUCGGAAGAGGUCUUCGAUGCCCUGAUGCUCAAGACCCCGACUUUGAAGGGCUUGAUGGAGGCGAUCUCUGACAAGUAUGAUGUCCCCCAUGACAAGAUUGGGAAAAUAUUCAAGAAGUGCAAGAAAGGGAUCCUGGUGAACAUGGAUGACAACAUUGUGAAGCAUUAUUCUAAUGAAGACACCUUCCAGCUACAGAUUGAAGAAGCUGGUGGAUCAUACAAGCUCACCCUGACUGAGAUCUAAGACAUGGGGCCCCGGCCCCAGCUCCCCUUGGAAGUGGGAGUCCAACAGCGGUGUUCCUUGUUCUGUAGAUCUUACUAUUUGGCCAGCAGAUGGACUCGGGCACCCACCUACAGACACAGUGACUGUCAGAGAAGGAAUCCUUUCACAUUGGAGAUGGAACUGCAUUUAAUGUAUCACAUUGGUGUUUUCGCAUGACAGAAAUCAUGUAUCAUGGUGUUUGA